AUGGAGGUUCCAGUGCCAAUCCACACCCCUCUGAAAGAUGGCGAAGUCAGGCUCGUGACUUUGGCUCAGGGGAAAUUCGACGACGACAUCGAAUGUUCGCUAAGCACGCAUCUUCUCGAACGAGACCCAACGUACGAAGCAUUGUCGUGGUACUGGGGUACUCCCAAUCCGGGCACAGAUCCGACGAUAUCACUCUGUGGUCAGACAUUCUCCGUCCCCGUGAAUCUCGAGAGGGCGCUGCGAUAUCUCCGUGCCGAGGACAAGAGCUUGCCAAAGCGACUUUCAGGUGGCUCAAAGUCUUAA